AAUCAAACAGAAAAAGAAAAAAAAAAAGGUCUCAGUAUGAAUCAUACUUGUUUAAAAGCCAGCAUGAGCCAAUCAUGGUGUGCUUUGUUUGGUGCAUAAAGGCAUACUUGGCAAACACACAUUUAUACGUAUGAUCUAUUUCGUUUCAUCAUUAACAACCUAUAAACAGGAAAUAAGAAAGCGUAUAAAAAGAAAGGUUCUUUUUUUUUCUCCUUACAAUAUCCAUGUUGAGCCCACAUUCAAAAGAACCUCCUCUUUGUUCAAGAAGAGAUCCAAGGCUAAGACCAAAUCCUAAAAAAAGAAAAACAUUUGUAUUUGAUGAGUGCUGCCCUACAAGCAGUACAUACAAAGAGUACUCUUCUGAUUCAGCAAUUGAUUCUUGUUCAGACUCUAGCUGGGAAGAACAAGAUAUCAUUGAGUCUCAUCAUGACUCAUUAGGUGUCAAUCAUUGCUUUUUAUCGUUUGUUCAUAACACCUUACGAUUCUUGGACACUUGUAUACGUAAUAUAAUCGUAUUCAACUAUGUUGACUUCUUUCAACGCAAGUUGGAUCAGUUCAUAUCAGGCAUAUGGCAUGUGUAUCGCUCCUAUCUGUUUCCAGCAAUUCGAUAUGGACAUGCUUCUAUCCAUCAACUGACCGAUCUAUGGCGUGAAAUAACCGAACGAUUGACUUUCAGGGUUCGGCCUCGGGAUCUCUUGCUGUGCUUGGGUCUAUUCAGCAUGUACCCUUUUCUUUCCAGGUCACAGACUACUCUGCAAAGCCAGGGCUUAGCUUCUUUUGAUGAUCGUAUCAAGAGCAUCAGUGAUAAAAUGUUUGAGCGAGAGAAAUGGACAAUGGAUAUCUACAAGCAAGUAAUCAGUUUACAACAACAGGUGCUUGAUGAAUUGAUCAACUAUAAAAAAGAUUAUCAGCAAAUUCACACAUCAUUGCAAGAACAUGAAGACGACAUCAAGGCAAUCUAUCAGUUGUUUGAGCAGCAAGUGCUUGAUAAUAUAUACUCUUAUCUUAACACGAUUGUGGCAAAUCAAAAAGAUCAAGCACCAUUUUACCAAGAUAAAUGGUUUUAUGAUGAAUACCUCAAGAGUGAACUGAAGGAUGUUCUUGACCAAAACAAACGACUCUCAAGCGAAACCAUGCAUCAGCUAAUCACUGAAUCUCCAACAAAGACCAUGGCUGAACCAGCUUCAGAUCUCGUGAUUGCCCUGACAGAUAUUCUGGAAAAAUCAAUUCAGAGUGCCAUUACAAGAUACCAUCAAGAUGUAUUGAACAAGCCUGAUUUUGCCUUGUACUAUCGUGGCGGACGUAUCCUAGAUGAAUUCACCAGCAGAACUAUGACACCCUUUCCUGCUUGGAUCAAAGCGUUUCGUUUUGCUAUCGGUCUUUAUGGUUUCAGGAAUCAACCUGAAAUGGCUCUUUUGCCUCAGACGUAUCCCAAUCAAUGUUGGUCCAUGGAAGGGUCUCAAGGUACAUUGGGCAUCAAGUUGAGUGAGUCUAUUUGGAUACAGAGUGUCACUAUUGAACAUCCAUCCAAUCUUGUCUUGCUCAAGGAGAUCAACAAAGCUCCUAAAGACAUUGAAAUAAUGGGUAUAGAUUACUAUGAGCAGGAAUUAUAUUCGCUGAGCAAUGUGUCAUAUAAUAUCCAUGGUAAAUCACAAAUCCAAACAUUCAAGAUUGAUCCAAAGAUGCUUCAAGGAAAGGCAUUCAAUAUGAUCUUAUUAAGAAUUCAUUCAAAUUGGGGCAACUCGAACCAAACAGAUAUUUAUCGAGUCAGAGUUCAUGGCCACCCUGUACAUGAAAAAUAAAAUAAUUAUAAAAGUAUGCUUUAUUUAUCAGAAAUUAAAAAGGAACAGGUGCCUAAAGGGAAAUAUUAGAAUCUAAUUACAGUUAUAAUAUAGAAAAAAAAGAAAGCAAGCAAGAAAACGCUCAGAGAGAAGAUUGGGUUUGUUUUCAAGAACCUCUCGUACAGAGGUUUCAGGAUUUUCAGUGUGUGUGUGAUACUUUUAGUCGUCACCGCUGUCUUUUUGCUUCUUUCUCUCUUUUCUUUUUUUGAAUACUUUACCUUAUUUUUUUUAAAUCUCUUAAAGAA